AUGGCUUCUGAGAACACCCCCUCGAAGCCCGGGGGCAUGCUCUCGCUCUAUGCAAAUCUGCUUGAUCCAGCCGCCGAUAACUCUCCCGGGACGAUUUCUCGCGCCCCGGUCGUCUUCAAGCAAGCCUCCGAAGGCGAGUCGCAGCCAGAUGAAUUAGCUGCCAAGAAACAACAGCUCAAUGCCGCUUCUCUCCGAUUUCAGCCUACGAAAAGACCCCAACUAUCUGCGCAGAAACCAAAACCGAAACCAGCUUUACCGAAGGCAGCUCCUGUUCCCGCACCGGCAGCGGCUCCUAAGACUACUCUUGCAGAUUGGGCUAAUACCGAAGAGGAUGAUGUCAAUGACUUCUAUGCUGGCCCAAAAAGGCAGCGGGGUGGGCGCAAGAAGCGCAAGAAGAAUAAGGAUACGCGGGAAUUUGCUCAGGACUGGGACGAUAUCUACGACCCGUCGCGGCCUAAUAGUUACGAAGAAUAUAAGCACAGCGAUGAGCAGAUAGCCGAAGUUCGCGAGUGGAAAGAUCGCCUCUACGCACAUCGCAUAGUGCGAUCUCCGAGCCGAGAUUCGUAUAGUGAUGAGGACUAUGGAAGACCAAUGAACCGACAAUUCGCCCCUCCGAGCAGCUUCGCACCACCUCCAAACCUCAACGAUAUGUCACCCGCUCCCGCUGAUAUACCAGAUGCUGCUUCCGGAGAGGAGGCAUUUGCCCGGCGUGCACAACUGCAAACAAACCUAGCCGAUACGGCUAUGACCGACUAUAUACCACCACCUCCCCCAGAGGCAUCUUCAGCGCCUGUUACAGAUGACCCUACGGGUGGAGAUGCUUAUCUACGUCGCAUUCAGAUGUCGGCUGGAGCCCAGCCUACAGCAGAAUCUGCACCACCGCCACAACCACGGCCGCUAGAAGCGCUGCAACCUGCCUCUGCAACUAUUUCUCGUGCACCCGUCCGCUAUACUUUACCUCCCCCACCGGCAGAUAUACCUGCAUCAGAAGCAGAGCUUGAGGAAGUCUUCGCUAAGGAGCAACCAAUGGAAGGUGAGGGUGAAGGUGAAGAGGAGGGUCAGCGCUCACUCCGACCCGGACAGAAGGGAUUUGCUCAGCGUCUGCUUGAAAAGUAUGGUUGGACAAAAGGUUCUGGUUUGGGCGCAACGGGAUCGGGUAUUGUCAACCCAUUGCAGGUCAAGGUCGAGAAACAGAAGAAGCGGCCAGACUCGGAGGGUGGUGGCUUUGCCACUCCCGCUGGUAGGGGUAAAAUUAUUGGUGGUUCUAGGAAGAAAGAAGACGAAGGGAAGUUUGGUCAAAUGAGCGAAGUCAUUGUCUUGAAGGGCAUGUUAGACGGCAUGGAUGUGGAGGCAGAACUAGAAGGCGAUCAGGAUGGGGGCUUGAUGCAAGAGAUCGGGGAUGAGUGUUCUGAGAAGUAUGGAAAUGUCGAACGCGUCUUCAUUGCCCGCGGCUCGGCCCCUCCAGUUCCGGUAUUUGUCAAAUUCACCAAUCAGCUAUCUGCUCUAAGAGCUGUCAAUGCCUUGGAGGGCCGAAUAUUCAACGGGAAUCCAAUCACAGCUCGGUUCUUUGAUACACAGAAAUUUGAGCAAGGAUUAUAUGAAUAG